AUGUCAAACAACCAACCUGGCAGGGGCAGGACCUCUCAGUCCCCAGCCAGUGGGGGUGGCGGGCGUUGCCGUUGGAAGUGCUGGUCACAGGCUGCAGAGCCCCUAGCCCACAUUCUCCUCAGCCUCGGUGAUGUCACACUGGGACUUCUGCCUUCCACCCUGGGCUGUGGCUUGGGGGCUCACUAUGUCUUCAACAGUCGCUAUGGAUAUAGGGCUCCUGGAGCCAGUAUCGGCGAGGGUGCCUGUGGGCACUGGAGGUGCCGCCAUGCCGCUCUCUUGCGGGGUGGCAGACCUCAGGACCCACUUCCCUGGAUGCUCCCGAGCCUGUUCGCUGCCUUCAAUGUCGAGCUGCUGCUCAUCCUCAGUGGCCUCUUCUUCGCAUUCCCUUGCAGAUGGCUGGUCCAGAACAGGGAGUGGGUCGAUCCCGUUGUCACAGGCCCCCUCUUCAUCCUGACUUUCUUCAGUCUCGUUUCCCUCAAUGUGUCAGACCCUGGCAUCUUGCAUCAAGGCUCCAACGAACUGGGCCCCAUGAUGGUGCCUGUGGUGUGGGUGAACCACAGGGCCUUCCGCCUGCAGUGGUGCCCAAGGUGCUGCUUCCACCACCCGCCCCGGACCCACCACUGCCCAUGGUGCAACAUUUGUGUGGAGGUCCUGUCGCUAUGCCUGUUCUCGGGCGCCAUGCUGGUCACCGUCCUGAUGUUCCCAGUGUACAGGACUCAGCUUCCCUUCUCUAUGGACGAGAUCGUCGCCAACCUCGUGGCCGUACCCGCCGCCGGCUUCCUGGAGCCUCUCUUCGUGCUGCUGCUCAUCAAGGCCAGGUCGGUGAGCGCGGCCGAGCGCUGCCACGAGGGCAAGGACCAAGAAGGAAAAAAGCUGAAACACCAGGCUUGUGUCAAGGAAAGAGAUUUACUAUCAAAAGGCAACCAGAUGAGCAGAUGGGAGUUAGAACUCAGAUCCAUCUCCUCCAAAGGAAAAAGGAAGGCAAAAGCUUUUCUAGAAACCCUCGAAAGACAUCUGCUUACAUCUCGUUGACCAGAAUUUCAUCAAGAAAAGCCAGGAAACGAGGGAAGCUGUGAAAUUAUUUUGCUGCCCCUCCUGCAAAGUGGACUUUUGUGAUAGCAAAAAGGAAAAGCUGAAGACAGAGUGAGCAGUGAGCAGGGUUUGCUUCGAUUAGCACUUCCCCUGAAAGGGCGAUUGGAAUCACCCCUUCUCCCCAUGUGCUUCUCUACCCUGUGGAGUGAAGCCAACCUGGCAGGGGCAGGACCUCUCAGUCCCCAGCCAGUGGGGGUGGCGGGCGUUGCCGUUGGAAGUGCUGGUCACAGGCUGCAGAGCCCCUAGCCCACAUUCUCCUCAGCCUCGGUGAUGUCACAC